UCUCAGUCUACACUACAGUCUUAAACGCAAGAAGAAAAUACAAUCAGUUUUACCAUUUCUCCUUCAUAACUUCUUUGAAUUGUAGAGAGAGAGAGAGAGAGAGAUUAAAAGCUAAACGUGAGAGAAGAAGAUAGAGAGAGAAAAUAUAUAUAUAAGAAAAAAAAGGGAGGGAGAAAUGGGUGCUGAAACCUGGAGCUUAACGGCGAAGGUGUGCGACUCGUGCAAGGCGUCGCCGGCGGCGGUGUUCUGCCGCGCCGACUCCGCCUUCCUUUGCAUGACCUGCGACGCCAAAAUCCACGCCGCCAACAAGCUGGCUUCCCGCCACGCGCGCCUCUGGGUGUGCGAGGUCUGCGAGCAGGCACCCGCCACCGUCACCUGCAAGGCCGACGCCGCCUCCCUCUGCGCCGCCUGCGACCGCGACAUCCACUCCGCCAACCCCCUCGCCCGCCGCCACGAGCGCCUCCCCGCCGUCCCCUUCUACGACUCCGCCUCCGCCGCAAAAUCCUCCCCCUCCCCCUCAGACGCCACCGCCGCCGCAGAGCAGGAGUGCUCCGAGGAGGAGGCGGAGGCCGCCUCCUGGCUCCUCCCAAACAAAUUCGAAGAGGAAUCCGGAUCCCCCGAAUACAAAUCCGCCGACUAUUUAUUCACCGACAUGGAUCCGUACAACUUGGAUCUCGAUCUAAUAUCCGGCGAACAGAAGCCCCAACUUAUCAUCACCAACGACGAACAACAACAACAUAAGCAUUACUCCUCCGACGGAGUCGUACCCGUUCAAACCAAAACCGAAUUCGGGUCGACCCAUUACCCGGGUCCAGUCGUCGACGGGUUCCCCACGUACGAAAUGGAUUAUCCAGGUGCACCAAAGCCUUUCAUGUACAACUUCACCUCCCAAUCAAUCAGCCAAAGUGUAUCGUCUUCAUCAAUGGAAGUCGGAGUCGUACCAGAAGACCACAACGCCGCCAUGGCAGAUAUAUCAGACAGCACUACCUUCGCCUGUAAGAACGAACCACCUCCGGUACCGGUUUCCGGCGUCGACAGAGAAGCUAGGGUUUUGAGGUACAGAGAGAAGAGGAAGAACAGAAGAUUCGAGAAAACAAUUAGAUACGCAUCGAGAAAAGCGUACGCAGAGACGAGGCCGAGGGUGAAAGGUAGGUUUGCGAAGAGAUCUGAGAUGAUUGAAGUUGAUUCCCUCAAUAUUGAUGCUUCUUCUGCAAAUCGCCAUGAUUCUUCUUCGUACAGUGUUGUCCCAAGCUUUUAAUUAAUUAAUUACGUGGGUCUGUUUUUUAAAUUAGCAGUAAUAAUAUUAAUUAACCAAAGUGUUUAACUUGUGAUCGAUCGAUAUAAAUAUGAUGAUCAUUGUUGUAACGUGCACAAGAAAGAUCUGAUGAAUUUGUGAUCAAUAUAUAACACAUGUCGUGUGUACAUAUUUGUUUGAAUUU